GUCCGGAAGUCUUAAUUACACGCUGAAGAAGACUGUCAAAAUUUCCUAAAAUAUUGGGUCAAAGUUCGGACUCUUGACGUAGCAUUGGCAUUCAUACACGGCCAAAGUUACCUGUGCGUGGCGAAUCGAUUGAAAUUAUGUUCUAGAGUUUUCUGCAUGGUGAAGCAGUCCAGAGGUUUGAUUUAGAAGUUGGAUGAAGCAGUGAUUCCACUUAUCUCGACAAAGGUAGGUGGUUUGUUCACCGAAUUAAAGUUUAGAUUGACACAAUAAGACGAGAGGUAAAACAGUUGGGUGAGGAAAUUGUUCAAGUCACGAUAGGAACGAGAUACCUUGGCAGUGCGGUGAAAUCAAAAUGUAUUCCAAGCCUCUGAGAAAAUUGUAAUUUCUGUUUUUUCCCAAAAUUUGUCACCGGGGGAGAGAGCCGUGACCGGAUCAGCGACACAUUCAAUGCAGACGUGAUGACAGUACUCGUUCGGCGAUCGUCAGACAGUGGUUUCCAUCUACUGUUUUCGAACCAAUCAUCUUUUGUAAUUGCUUAACCCUUCUCAUGCAUAGCUCUGUCCAACGGCACAGAUACGAGUUCUAAGCUGAAAGUUAUGAAACUUACUCCUUCUAAAGAAUAUUCAGUAAUGCUUCGUGUUUUGUGCGUGACUGCUAAGAAGUUGCUCAUGCGUCAGUUGAAAAAUAUCACAUGCGUUCUUUGCUAGCCGGGUGUUUCACUGGUGACGUGAUGGUAUGUUGAAGCCUAAAAGUUUGCCGACAAAGAAUUAUAGCUGUCUUCAACACGACGUAAUAAAAUUUAAGAGGCGAAAAUAUGAUUAUAAACAUUCAUCAAGGACUAUCGACACUUUCAACUAGCUUUCAACUCAAGUUACUCACGAUAUUUAAUUCAAAGACGUAAAAGUUGAACUGUAAUCAAACAAGGAUGAAAUUUAUGGACUUUCUUGCUGAUCCCGUUCACUGAAGCACGGUCAAAAUUAACAUUAAUUAUCGCCUUUUAAUAAAUUAAUAUAAUUUUUAUUUUUUGUUCAGAAUUUAAUCAGAUUUCUUCAUUAGCUCUCAGUCACCCUAACUCAGUAUGCAUAUCUUCCACACUGCUCUGUUUACAUUCCAUGUUGUACUGACCCGAGAAUUUGCGUAACAAUCACAAGCCUCUUAAGUCGGCGAUCUUUUUUUUUUGUUGUUCUCGUUUCCUUAGAUUUUAAACUCAGCAGUGAUACUGUAAGGAAGACUUCGAUACUGGUCACUUCCUAAAGGUUAAAGGGUUGAACAAUUACAUUAAGACUGAGGAUUAAGGAUUUAUAGCUGUAGGGAAUCCUCGAUUCACGCUAUGAAACACACGCGGGGUGAUGCGCGUGCAUUCUUAAUGUUAUUGGAUCUUGCAUUCGAUUGCAUCAAAUGCAGUACAUAGAUUAUAUCACUCUCGAUAGGUCCUCCACAUUAAGCAUUGCGUCAAUUUUCUAGCUACCGAGAGCACUCUACUUGGGGUUAGUCACAUUCAUUUGGGAACUGUGACUAUAUCGCGCACACAAAGCCAAAGAUUUCCUUCCUGCUUAUCGUAAUGAAUUUGAAAAAACUAUAUUUCAGUUAGACAGCCUCCGACGAUAACACUCGGUAUAUCUCGGUUAGACAACGACCGACGAUAACACUCUAAAUUAGUGUAACUAACUCGCAUCUUUCUCGAAAAAGGAUUUUUCACUUCUACAACGAAAUAACCAAGUCUCCGCUACAUGUUUAUUGUCGCGUUUUUCUUCGAUGCAAGGUUUCAGUUGCCAAUAAAAUAAGUUUCCUUAUUCAUUAGUAGUUUUCCUAUUGAAAGACAGUUCAUGUGGUUAUGCGCCACUUGUAUGAACUGACAGGAACAAGAGAAGCACUAUCCUUCGUAAUGCAUCUUGAAAGGCAGUUUGUGUGCACACAUAACCUGUUUGUGUGUGCAACGGCGGGCAGCAGACGAUGAACGUUAAAAAAUAAAACCGUGCUGUAAAAAGCCAGCGGUUAUACGCCAAAAGAAACAACAUGGCGGAUGCAAGUGAAAAGGCAACAGUAAAAUAGCGAAAUAGCAAAAACGGGGCUUGAGGACUUUGCCUUCGUCCUGGCAACAAGAAAAACGAUUACCAACAUAAAAGCGAGCUUCAGUUUCGAACUCCUAUCUCUCAAAGAAAAUUUUUCUUGCCAUUUCCUUGUAUGUUUUAGAUUGGCGGCUUAAACACUGUUCUCUGCUUUUCUCUCACGAGAGAACAAGUUUCAAUAUGGCCGCUAUCUUAAUUUUUACCGCGAAGAAAUCUUCAGUUCUCAUUCGUUUUUAUUUGCGUAAUAUUUCGCAUUGUUGGCCUCACCUCGUUCGUCUUAUUAUUCGUCCCGUCUCUUAACAUCAGACGCAUACCAUGAGAGACGCAUUAUUAAGCUGUACCGAUAAUGCAUCUUCUAGUAUAAAAACGGCCUCUGAUUUAUUUAUCCUCUCACUCCCAAGAUCUUAUUUGCAAUUCUCUUUACUGCAUUUCUUACGCCAGUUUUGGCAUUGGAUCAAGUAUUAAUUCCCUACCUGGUAUUCCUCUAUCUAUUAUUGCCCGGUUGAUAUCGUAAUGAUAUUGUAAGGAGAAAUUUUGAAAUCAUGGUAGUUGAAGGGUAAACCAUUUUGAUACCAAGUUAUAAUGUACCAUGUUGACUGAGAAUAAGAACGUUGCACGAGAAGAAUAAACAUUGUUGUACCUAUAACAGAUAUUGCCUAGCACCUGCUCUAUGGACACGAAGAGAAUCACAAGAGGAUUAUUUUUGGCAGUUUUCGUCGUCCUGGUAAUUUUUUCUUUCCAGGUCGCUGGUAAGUGACUACUUAAAUGGCUUAUUUAUGUACAUGUUUGAUGGUUUCAUAUCACAACUGAGUCGUGUAACUUCGUUCAUCAGAGAAUUGGUCAGAGUGAAAAAUAGAUGGCAGAAAUGAAAAGGAUGGGAUGAAUUAAUAGAUAAUGUAGUACUUUUAAUUAUUAAACUAUGGUGUUAUACAAAGAUUUCCAGCCCUGAGAAAAGCCGUAACGACACAAGUGAAAGCAAUACAUCGCCAAUCAUUAGCUGCUGCCACGUCACACGCUUUACGCACCACUUGGUCGGGUUGAUGAAUGAACGGCAAUGCCUUUGCGACUUCUUCGUUGCGCUCACUCGUAGCUACCGAGUUUACUACUCCAAAUCUACGUGCGUUAUACUUUAUUUAUUUGUCUGUUGAAGAAAUUUUGUCAAGGAAUAACGCAAUUGUUGAUUUUGUUCAUAAGGAAAACUGAAUUCUUUAUCUCAAUUUUUUAGGCAGGAUAUGCUUUCUAUGUGACUCUCGCAAUGAGCCGUGUUCUGAAGAUUCAGUCAAUGGUACGAGAACUGCGACGUGCUCUGAAGGAAACGAAUUUUGUGAAGUUGUCAAGGAUGGAAGACAUGGAGAGACACGAUUUUACAGGGACUGUGUCAACAAAUGCGACAAGGAAUUUGUCAACUGGGAGAAGGAUGGCGAAGAAUAUUGCAAAAUGUGCUGUGAUAAAGACCUCUGUAACGUUGGACGUUGUGGGUCCCCUGUGGCACUUACUUUGAGUGGUACACUGAUUGUCCUUAAUGCAAUCGUUGCAUUUCGAUGCAUGUUUGUAUUUGCAUAAUGCUAGCUGCAACAGCCAGAGGCAUAGACACAUCUAUCAUUGCAAGCUACUAUUCGUAACAGAACAACGUGAACUUAAAAUGGUAUGAAAACACUGAAUUAAAAACCUUUCUCUUUCAAAAGAAAAAAAAAAGAAAGACUAUUAUUAUAUAAACUGUAUGUUUCCCUGAGAAAAGCUGUAACAACACACGUGUGAAAAAGACAUAUUUUAUUCACGUGUGUUUGACAUCGUCAAUCAGCUGCUGACACGUCACUCGCCUUUCGUGCCACUCUGUCAUUUUGAUGAAUGAAUGGCAAGGCGUUCACCAUUCUCAAUCCAAGGUCGUUCGCUAACAUUUUCUCAGCUAAAAAAAAAUGAGCGCGAUUUUUCUUAUCGUAUUUUCGUUUUCUUCCGCUUCUAAAAUAUUUUGAAAGUCACUUUCUGAAAGCGAUGUGAAUUUCAGAACAUCCUACAAGCGGAAGAAAACCAAAAUACGAAAAGGAAAAUCGAAAUUUACGUACUGGGGUUUGAUAAUGGCAUUUCUCGCGGCUGAGAACGAAAAUCGACAACCGUCGGUAGGGAAAAAGUCAACGCUAACAAUUUUGUAGAUUAAAAGUUCCGCACAUCGUUUGUUUUUGUAAUGAUUUAACGCAUGUUUUUUAUCUUUAGCCUUAUCACUGAAGCGUUUGACGAAUUUUUUUCGCGCACUGUGGAUCCAACUUUUAUUAAUUCAUUAAUAGAGUCCAUUCAGUUUUGUCAGUAAAGG